CGCAAAAAUUCCGCCCUACACAGCUUGUAGAUAGUCUCUGCCCCCAUUUGCAGUAUACGAGCUAUUCAAAAAAGGCGGCGCAUCCAAUCUACACCAAUAUAAGCAAUUCAAUCCUUACGCUAUCUCCCAGAUGAUAUUCUCCAGCUGGUAAUCCAAAUAACACAUGGAAACCGACCCCGACAAUGUCUCACCCCACCAGACCCUUGGGGCAUGAUCUACGGUUCCCCAUGCCGUCACCACCCAAACCUCACCACUGCGGAAGUAUUCCCCCGCUCGAGACAAGCAAACCAGAGAACCCCAAAACCUGGAUCGACUUUGGAGUCCAAGAUACUGUCGCUCGUGUUUUUCCUUUCCUUGGGAGGCGUGAAUGAGGGGGGGAGGAGGGAGAUCUUCGGUCUCCCCCCCGGGUGAGUCGUUUCUGUGGUACAGUACAGUACAUGCUCU